AUUUAUUCGGCAAAUAUAAAAUGGCAAUUUUAAACAUUCUUCAACCAUAGGGCGAAAAAUCGACCGUUGCAAAUCGUAGUCGUGGGAAAGCAAUUUCUCCCGUUCAUUCAACGGUCACUUUACUCAUCGUCCAACGCUGUCUCUCGUUCUCUUGUUUCCUGUUCUGUGGGUCGUAAAUGGGAAAAACCGAUAGAUCUAAAGCUUCGAUUGAACGGCAAAAUUGGGGCAAAAUCUUCAAUGGCCUCACGCAAAUGCUACGGACGCAACAAAAUCAGCUCGAAACACUCGUCACUGAGCGAAAACUUCUCGAAGACCGCGUUAAAAUGCAGCACGAACGAUGGGUCGCUGAUAUUCGUCUUUACGAGGACCAUAUCUCUCAGUUGAGGGAUGAGUUGUUAUUACUAGAUAUGGAACGCUCACUUCAAGCCUCGAAAUCAGAUCUGCUCUCUGGAAUGAAGCAGACGGAGCUCUAUGUCUGCCGAUUGAAAAUAGAACAAUCAGAAGCUGAGUUUGAGGAUUUCAAAUCUGUCUUUGACGAUUUCAUCGCUCAUAAGAACUCCAAUCUACAAGAAUCAUUUUUAAGAAGUGCAUCAGAACCAGCUGAGGCAAAUGGUGGAAGGGAAGGUGUUGUGUCCACAUUUGGAAAUACAGAUGAAGUGAGACGUUCUAAGGCAUUGGAAAAAGAAGUAAGGAGGUUGAGGAGUGAGUACGAAAAGCUCGCCUCAGAAAAGAGUUCGGAAGUGUCUGCGCUGGUGACCGAGAAAAAGUUUGUAUGGCAUCAAUAUAAUGUUAUAGAAGCUGAUUACUCUAGUAAAUUGAAGAAUAAGCAGUCAGAGCUUGAACAUGCACGUCUAAAGGUAGAGGAACUUCUAGCCACAUUGGAACAAUUACAAAACUCAAACGAUGAGAAGGAUGAUGUUAUUGCAACUUUACAAAACCAAGUCGGGAAGAUGGAAACUGACUCAUGUAAAUUAAAAGACGAAAUUUCGAGACUCUCAAACGACUUAGAAGUGCAAAGGAAGUCUGUGAAUCCAACUGCCACACCUGUUUUGAAACCAUGCAAGGCUACUAGGUCAUCUGGUUUGGGAGUCAAAAAUGUCUCGAAGAGCCGAAGUAAUGUCACUGUCAACAAAGAUGUAUCUUCUGCACAACCUUCUCAUUCGGGAAACCAAAAGAAGAGAGGCGCUGAUGAUAUUUCAGAUCCAGGGACUCCUAGGUUGUUUACCUCUAGUUUCAAGGUCCCUAAACUGAAGAACGAAAUCAAUUUGUAGAUUUGCUAAGCGUGUGUAUGAUAUCAAAUUAUCAAUUACCAUUGGCUUUUGAUUAUAUUUUGUUUACUUGUAGCUGUGUGAUCAAUAGUAAUGUAUUAUUGCUGUUGCUGAAAAAUAAAAUAGUUGCCGGUCAUUAUUUAUCUAA